UUUAAGUAACAUCACACUCUUUGGAAUUGUGUCAAGAACAAUAGCAAAUUCUCUGGUUUAAAUUGGUAGUUGGAUUUUUUGAAGAAAUUCAGUGACAACUACCUGUGAGAAUUAACUUACUGUUUCUGUAGUGUCGUCUGCCGGUUCUCUGAAGAAGCACACUCAGUCUGGGGUUUUUUGCUCAGAAGAAAAUACUUUAUUUCAAGGAAAAUAAAGUUGAGAGUUCCUUGCAAGGUGAUGUGUUGUGAAUGUUAUGUGGUAUCUCCUUAUAUGGGGCGGUUCCACAUAGUCAAACUUUUAUAAUACCUCCCUAGAGAGAAGAGGCCUCCUGCUUGAUUUAUUAUAAAGAAAGGCCCUGUAUAAAUGUCUGACCAUAUGUUUCUCAUCAGUUUUGUACAUUCCAGCACGUAGGCAAAUUUGUUUCUAUACUUUACCUAUAAGAUUAUAAUGGAAUAAUAACUAGCAACAAUAAUGGCUAGAUUCACAUUGAUUAUAUACUUGAUUGAUUAAAAUCUUCUACUGUAACGUUUUCCGAACGCAAAUGACAAAUUUCACGCCGUGAUUUCAGUUACCACGUGAUGAGAUGAAAUAAUCACUGAAUCGUUCUUAGAACUAGUUAAUCGACCAACUGUUCGAAAGAACUGAAUGGGUCAGACUCCUCUUCACUACAGGCUGGUGUUGGUUGGUUUGUAUUUUUGAGUCCACCUCACGUGCGCCACACAGUGGUUGAAGUGCAGUAGCACUAGACGUAGACGGCGCUCUGCAUAGGAGCUGUCCAGUGUCUCGGUGCUGAAACUUACUCCUUCGGCUCUCGGCUAACAGCAAGAAAGGGUCAUACAAUUCUCAAAUAGGCUUAACAACCCAGCAACGAGGGCCUGGUUGAUUCAGAUGCGUCAGUACAUGGACAAAGGGCUGCAGAUAAACAGAGGAAGAAAGGACGUGGUGAGAACGACGGGGGAAAGAGAGACUGAGUAAGACGUGGAGAAGCGCUCACUCUCUCAGCAUUAUGUCCUGGUCUCUGGACUUGGUGCCGCUUCCCCCAUGUGCGUUGAUGGGAGGUCCCCCCCUCAGCGGGCUCCUCUGGACCGUCCUCUUCCUCUUCCUCUGGUACUGCUACCGCAUGGGUUCUGACCCACCAUCCAAUUCUGGUAUGUUAAAAAGUGGCUCUGGCCGGUCCUCAUUCUCUCGCUCAUCCAGCCGUUGCACGGUUGAUCCCAGACACUCUGCACCUAAAGCAUCAGCGGCCAUCAACAUGGAGACGCUGGAGGAAGAGGAGGGCACAGAGAGCUACCUGACACCAGUGUUGAGCCACGCCCUGUUCCCCACUGAGGCUGCUGCAGAAAGCAGGAAGUUGUAUAGAGCACUACAGGAGUAUGCCAAGCGCUACAGUUGGGCUGGCAUGGGGCGAAUUCACAAGGGCCUGCGCAAUCAGGCCAGGAUCAAUGAUCGGCCAUCCAUUCAGAAGCCUCAUCUCUUCUACCUCCCAGAUGUUCCCAGCAUACCUUUCUUUCCCAGGGAUGCUCAUCGUCAUGACAUCGAGGUUCUGGAGGCCAGCUAUCCCAUAAUCUUUGCUGAGUUCCAAGCUGUGUACCAAAGGGGGAUUGAAACAAAGCUAGGGUGGAGCUACCAAGGACCAAAGGGCCAGACAGUGUUCCCGCUCUAUAGUGCUGGAGUGUGUGUGGCCAGGAACUGCCGUGCGUGUCCGUGUACAUACCGAACGCUCCUCUCUCUCAGAACCUUCAUCAGCAGUAACUCUCUGGGAUCAGCUGGCUUCUGGCUCCUGGGUCCUGGGGCCACAUUGGGAGGGGUCUAUGGCCCUACAAACACACGUCUGCGCUGUCAUCUGGGUCUUCAGACGCCUGCUCAAUGUGAGCUGGUGGUGGGCGGAGAGCCUCAGUGUUGGUCAGAGGGACACUGCCUCCUUGUGGAUGACUCCUUCCUGCACACCAUCUCACAUAACGGGGGAGCUGAAGAUGGUCCCAGAGUUAUCUUCAGUGUAGACCUGUGGCAUCCUAACGUGGCUGCAGCAGAGAGACAGGCUCUAGACUACAUCUUUGCCCCUGAGCAGUAGUUCUAGCUGUAUUUCCCAGGACGCACCAGUCAAACCCACUUCAUGUCAUAUUAAAAUGCAGAAAAUUUUGUUUUAAAGUUCGCAAAACAUCUUUUGAUUUAGUUAAAAGUUCAUAUUGAGGAUAUUUAUCAUUUAAUUACUACAUACUUUGAUGUCUGACUCUUGUUUGACUGAAACCUUUUGAAAUAUUUCAAACAAAUGACUUCAGUCAGAACUGAUCAUAUGGAUCAGACGACAUAUUGACUAUCUUGAGCCCUGAGCACACAGAUAACUGUGACAACACGCGAACAAUUUUUGAACUUCAUAUCUACAUUUGACUUGUGCCUGUCUUGAUAAUCCCGCAUUCCUGUUCUAUCGUUAUUGUGCCUGAUUUCUCCUCCUUACCUCUCUAUUGUAUACUGUGAUACAUGGUUCUCCGUAAAUACUGUACACGUGACUCACGGUUAUGCUACAUAUUUUGCUUUAUUUCAUCAGAUGGUGAUUUAUUUUCAAACCUGUGAAGCACACACUGAAGACAACAUACUGUAUAUGACCAGAUUACCUGCAUGUGUUGUGACUUUUGACUGUGUUGCCACCAAUGCACUUGAUGACUGUCCUGCAAAUCAAGUAUGUAUUCAGCAGAGUUCAAUUAAAAAAUAAAAGGUUUUAUUAAA